CGUGCAGCCGCUGAGCUCGCCCUCCGCCUUCCUGGGCAGCAGCCCCGCGGACCCGUGUGCGAGAGAGACCGUGCUGAACGCCAUCAGGGAGAGCAGGAAGAGGGCUGUGGAGGAGGAGGAGGAGGACCAGGCUUCUGGGGACGAGCAGGAGAGCAAGAGAAAGCGCCACGACAGCAGUGGGAGCGGGCAGUCAGCCUUUGAGCCACUGGUCGCCAAUGGGGCCCCCACCUCUCUCAUACCCAAGCCUGGUUCUCUGAAGAGGGGCCUUGUCUCACACUGCCCAGACGACUGCUCAAACAAGAGGUCGCGCACCUCUUCCAUGAGCUCCCUCAACAAUACGUACGCCAGUGGGAUCCCCAGCUCCACCCGCAAUGCCAUACUCCAGCGGCGGCCUCUCCCAGGCUAUAAGGAGCCUGGAGGCCGCUUGCUCCCAGAACAGCUGUGGAAGAGGAGCGGUGUGAGCAUGUCCCCGCCGUCCAGCCCAGCAUCCUCCCGCCCCCAGACACCCGAGUGGCCUCUCAAAAGAGCCAGGGAAGAGGAGUUCCAUCGCUCCAACGCUUCCACUCCAGUGAAAUCAGACAAGGAGCUGCAGACAGAGAAAGUGGUGGAGACGCCGGUGCAGAAGAAGCAGAAUUCCCUGAGCCCGCCGUCUGCGUUGGGGAGCAGCGGGAAGCGCAAGCGGAAGAUCCCGUUGCUGACGUCUCAGCCAGGGGACCAGCUGACGCUGCCCCCACCGCCUCAGCUGGGCUACUCCAUCACAUCGGAGGACCUGGACGCGGAGAAGAAGGCAAUGUUGCAGUGGUUCAACAAAGUCUUGGAGGAUAAGACUGCUGCUGCUGUGCCCACCACGACUGCUGCUGUGACCACCACAACCCCUGUCUUCAAGCCCAUCUUUGGCACUUUGCCGAAAAGUGAGAGCGCGGCCCCCUGUACGGCUGUCGUCUCCACCACGGUCACCAUGUCAGCGAGCUCAGGCCCUUCCUCAACAUCCUCCACCACCACCAUGUUCAAGCCCAUCUUUGUCAGCGUCACCACAGCUUCAUCUCCAGUGAAGGUCUCUCCUUUCGCCUUCAAACCGACAUCACACUACAACAGCCACUACACAAAAAAAGCAGAUGCCACCAUUAAACCUGUCUUCCGCUUUGGACUCAACCCACCCACGUCCACCGGCCCCGCUGCCAGCCCGACUGUCACCGCUGCCACGUCCACCAGCACGAUGCAGCCUUUCCUGUUCGGCACCCCAGCCACCUCAGCUCCCAGCAUGGAAACCAGCUUUGCCAGCCCAGGGCCUGUGUUCCAGUUUGGAAAGCCACCUCCAGGCACGGUCACUGCCACCACCAGUGUCCCAGGAGGCCCUGCCUUUGGCCAAGCACCUUCAAACUCAACAGCUCCGACCACCACUGUGAGCUUUAGCAUAUUUGGAGGCACCACGCUGACCUCUUCUACCCCAGCCACCACGGGUCAAGCCAUGUUGACAUUUGGCUCCUCUGGUUCGGCUUUCGGCAGUUCCUUCAGCACACGCACGAACUUCAGCGCUGGACAGAGUGGGGCGGCCCCGGCGGCAACGCCGUUCGGCUCUUCGCUGACACAGAGCGCGCUGGGGGCGCAGAACCAGAGCACACCCUUCGCCUUCAGCACGCCCAGCAACCCCAUGUUUGGAGGCCAGGCUCUUCCUCCUUGGCCGACCCCGGCUGACAGCGGUGCGUUGUUUCCAGGAACUCCUGCGCCCACCUUUGGGCAGAGCACGCCCAUGCCGGGAGCAGUGGGGAGCGGCAGCAGCAGUCUUUCCUUCGGGACCCCCAGCACUGCCGCCUCAGGCUUCGGAGCCGUCGAAGCAUGUUCCUCCACCCCUGCCUUCUCCAUCGGGGCAGGGUCCAAGACAGGCGCUCGCCAGCGGCUGCAGGCA